CUCGAUUUCAUACACUCUUAGUCUAUAUAGGCCGCAGGUUCUAGUGAAGUAGUCAUGCAGCCAUGCACAUGGCCGGGCCAAGGAGCAGCAUCGCAGCCUGCCCACCAGCAGCUAUGGGCCAAGGUGUGUAAAAGAGAACCGUCGAGGGUCACGAUGCUGCGAUUGACUGGCAUCUAUGCACCUGUUUCAUCUUGUCAUUGUCGAACGUCUACACAUGUACCUAUGACCGCACAAUCGAAGUGGAAUCCAUGUCUCCACAGUGGGGCGCUUUGCGCCUUGCGCUUGGCGAGCGGCGUUCGAGCAGCGGACACUGCGACAACGCAUGAGAGAGUGGAGACCCGAGACCAAUUUCCGCAUGCCAGAUCUCCCGCCAGUGGUAUGUGCGGUGUGCCACUGGCCGGAGAUGCCGCCUGCCUGAUUGGGGAUGUUAGUGGACAUCGUCUGGACAUCUUCCAGCUUUGGAACAAACUAAAAGAAAAGUUGAGGAGCAUGCACUCCGGACUACACAGCGCGAGUUGUGCAGCGGUCGCGAGGCAUGUGGGCAGCAAAUACACGCACAUCGCUCGCACACAACAUGGCCCAAUUGACACAGACACCAUGCACCGGGACGAUCGAGCCGAUCCAGCUUGGUACAUAAGCAAUGUCAGUCGAGAGCCGUCGAGAGUGAUGCCGCUUUGUGCGAGACAUAGAAUACGAUGGGGUUUUUGUUGGUUGAGCAUGUCCCCUUGCAACUUCCGUUUUAGGCUACAGGCGAGGUCAGCGCAACGGUUAGCUGCUCUGUUGUUGACCAGUCGACCAGCUUUCCGCCCAGCGCGACUCUUUGGCUUCUAUCGCACUACGCUGCGACGCCGUCACCUAGCGAAAUGACCCCCUAACCUGUGCCAGGCGGCUCCUUGCAGCGAGACGAUUCCUAUUUGAUGUUCGUCUCCAUUUGUUUACGUGUCUCCCUAUUGCACUAGACUCU